GGGUAAUCACAGCGCUUAUGGCAGAUGUAAUGGUACCAGUUAACAUGCAAUACGCAGUGCCGAUGUGCCCACCAAUGUACGCACAGCCCCCUCCGGUAUUUCCUAUGCCAGCGCCAAUGCCAAUAAUUGCGCAGGCUUUAUGCCCAAUUCAAAUGACAGAAAAUAUGUUACCUUCAAAGACAACGAAUACGAGUACAACAACAAAGAAGCCCGAGACGAUCGCUGUAGCAGUGCCUUUGCCAAUGCCUAUCCCAAUGCCAGUUCCGGUGGGUGUACCAGUAUUUACACCGCAAAAUUUCUGCCAAGGGCCACCUCCGAGGCCAAAAAACUGUCCUCCUUGCCCACCAUGUGUCUGUAACCCAUCGUGUACUCCAUCUUUCUUUUCAUACUGCUCUCCGUGCCACAUGAAAUGUAGAUGUAGAAAAAAAGAUGAUGCGCCUGAACCCUUACCUAAUAGGCCAGCGCAAGGCCCAGCUUAUGGAAUGCCUAUCCCAAUGCCACCUAUAAUGGGCCCACCUCCAAUAGUAAUGGUCCCGUACCCAACGUCGAUACAAGUACCAAAACGGCAAGAUAGAUAUAGGCCAAAGAAAGAGCGAAGACCGAAAUGUUCAUCUUCUGAUGAGUCAACUGAUUCGACAAGCAGCUCUGAUUCUGACUACAUAAGAAGACGUAGACAUAGAAAAAGAAAACGAUAUGGCGGUUACAGAAGAAGUCUUAGAAGCUCAGAUGGCGAAAAUGAAUUAGUGAAACCGAUGCUUAGCUACAUUGCUAAGAAUGGUGAUGUUAAAUUUAAGACUAAGAUCAACGGAGACGAUGUUGCUGAGUUGCUGGGAGAAAAAAAGGCUUUAGAUAAUAAAUAUCAAACGGUUCAUGAGUCGGCUGGCGAAGACGUAAAUAAGAAGCCUAAUGUGGUUGUACUUUCCAAAAAUGGUGGAAAACGAAAACGUGAGCGAUAUAAACAAGUUUUGUUACGAGGAGGAGUGUCAAAUCACGAACUAGGAGACGGAAAGAAGGAGUUAAUAUUUAAGCCACCCGGUGAUAGGAAAAUUAGUAAUUUGUCAGUUUCUUUUCUAAUAAGUUAG